AUGGCGACGGCCAUGGAAGCGACCGACCCUCUGUCGUCACUCCAACGGUCCGUCUCCCAGCACAGCAGCGCUUCACAUGCCUCCCACGCCUCUCACGUAUCCCACACCUCCAACCGAAGCUCCAGAAGCAACCGAAGUGCAGCUGCCAGAGGUCCCCGCGGUCGAAAGCACCCAAGUCAACCAGUCAGCUCUGCCAGUAGCAUCGCUGCGAGCGACAAGAGCCUCACCAGCUUUCCCAGCUUCUCGCCCGAAGACCCAAACAAUGACGCCUUGAUCAUCCAAGACGAUGGCCCCGACGACACCCCCGUCCCAACGGCUGCGGCUGCGGCUCCGGCUCCCGAUACUGGUCGCAAGUCAAUCGUUGACUUAACAGGAAACUCUGAUGUGCGAAGUGCCCUGUUUGAGGAAGACCACCCAGUGCGCAAGGUGCCUGGCUCAUUACACAACGCCGAUGACGAACAUCUCCAACGCUUGAUAUCACGGCAUGGCGCCAUUGGACUCAUCAGACAAAUAUCAGAAGACCUUGCCCAGCGAGAUGCUCAGAUUGCCAACAUGCGCCGCCGUGCCGACGAACGGGAACGGGCUCUGCGCAGGAUCAUCAGAGAGUGCGGCCUGUCCAACUUGGAUCUUGAGACUCGGUUGCGUACCGUCGAGGCUGAGCUACGUGCAGCCAACAAAGGACUCCGAAGGGAAGAUACUGGCUUGAGCGAUCUCAUGAGCGAUGCGAUGCAGGAUACUGUAGUGGCUACUGCAUAUGGUGAGACAAUCGCUAAGAGCUCUACCAUUCGAGCAAACAGCCAGUCGUUCAGCACCCCAAGUGAGAAUGGAAAGGGCACAUUGCGUGGUUGGAAAGAUUAUAUCUGGGGUUCUGGAACCGCAAAGCGAGCCAGCCGCACUAACAGUGUAAACUGCGAGGAACCCCGUCCUGCGACUGUGAUACGAUCGCACUCUAGCAUGGACCGACGACCGACGUUACAGGAUGACCUCUUCAAUCCUCCGGAUCCACAAAUCACCCGGAGCCCCAGUCGAGCGUCAAGUAUUCAAUCAGGUGCUGCAAGUGAGCGUAAAGCAUCAUCAUCUAUCGCGAGCAUGGCCUUGCGCUUGGUGGCCGGCGGAGCUAUCAGUACACGUGAGGCUGAGUCUAGAGGCCGCGCCGUCAGUACUACCUCCAACAAAGGGGGCUCUCUCAGAGGUGUUUCGACUACGAGUAGCCGCGCCGGUCAGACUCGAGCAGUUUCAAUUGCUGGUGGUCCCAAGGCUUUAAUGGCGAUGCGUAAAGCGAUCCCAGGUCCUUCUGCCCAAGGAACAGGCAGAGUACCAGGGCAAGAAGCAUGGGAUGGUAUGCGAGGUAGUCCUCCGGAUAGCUUUUCAUCGCGGCAAGAGAGUUACGGACCUGUCGAGAUGGAUUCCAUUCGAUCACCAGAGUCGCAGCCACCAACAUUAACACAUAUCUACAACAACUUCCCCAAUAGUGAAUAUCUGACCGACAGGUUUGGCUUCAUCUACGACCAGCGACGAAAGAAACGACAACGAGAGGCUGCGCAAGUGGCUCGACAUAUCCGUAAGGGCAGUCGUACAGAACUGCUGACAAACGGUCGGGGAGGCAUUUCACCCAACGCAAUGGAGGAUCUUCCCAGCCCUAAAGGAAGCAUAUCGAGUGAGGGGCGCCCCGAGAGCCCGAAUAGCAUGGAGGAACGUAACGCAGAAGAGGGCAAGACCAAGAGAUGGACAGAUUACCUCAAGAUUGCAACAUUCCCUACAGAACUACUGAGCCAUACACCGAGUAUAGCUAUACCAUCAAUUGAGGUUAUGGAAGGGGCCCAAACGCCUGAGCCUGAACUAUACCCUACCGAACCUGUCAAGCCAGCAAUCGUUUCAACCAAUUCUGGCCUCAUUCCAUCGGCCAGCACAACCACAGCAGUCGACAGCGGUUCAUCGCAACCAUCUCAGGCUGAGUCAUCAACUGCUCUCACCAAAGACGACAACGAACCCGUCAAGCUGCUACUACAACAGUUGAGCGAUGUACAUGACGCUCUUCAGCGCGACAAGACAGUACGAUGGAACGACUUUCUGCGAAAGGUGCGCGCUGAGCGUAAGCGUGAGGGAGAAGCGGCCAUCGCUGCCGCUAAGUCAGCUGCCGAUGCUCGAUACGAACAACCUGCUAUGAUCCUGCCCGAGACUCGCGUUGCCGACGGUGAGAUGAUUGGGGUCUCGGGACUGGGUGUCAAGGGAAAGGUUGGACGAGCCAAAUGGAACGAGUUCAAGACCCUAGUGCUGGGUGGUAUCCCAGUUACCUAUCGUGCCAAGGUAUGGUCGGAGUGCUCAGGGGCCGCCGCCCUUCGUAUUCCUGGCUACUAUGAAGACUUGGUAGCCCAAAGUGGUGAAGACGAUGAUGCAGUGGUUGUUAGUCAGAUUCAGAUGGACAUCAACCGAACACUCACCGACAACAUCUUCUUCCGCAAGGGUCCUGGUGUGAAGAAGCUGAACGAAGUUUUAUUGGCAUAUGCAAGGCGUAACAGGGACGUGGGUUACUGUCAGGGCAUGAACUUAAUUACUGCCAACUUACUCCUCAUGAUGCCAUCUGCUGAAGAUGCCUUUUGGAUUCUGACAUCGAUUAUCGAGAACAUUCUCCCACACGGCUAUUACGACCAUUCGCUCAUGGCCUCGCGUGCGGACCAACAGGUGCUGCGCCAGUACGUCGCGGCGGUUCUUCCUAAGCUCUCGGCACACCUCGACUCCUUAUCAAUUGAGCUUGAGGCAUUGACUUUCCAGUGGUUCCUUUCUGUGUUUACAGACUGCCUGAGUGCUGAGGCUUUAUUCCGUGUUUGGGACGUUGUACUCUGCACCAACGACGGAAGCACAUUCCUUUUCCAAGUAGCUCUGGCGCUGCUCAAACUCAACGAGGGGAAUCUGUUACAGUGCAACACGCCGGCCGGUAUUUACACUUAUAUCAGCCACCAGAUGACAGAACACGCUAUCAGUAUCGAUGGGCUGCUCCAGGCAAGUGAAGGGCUACGAAAAGUAGUCCGCCGCGAGGACGUCGAACAAAGACGGGAGAAAGCAAUACAAGCUGAAAAGGACAUGAUGAUGGGCCGAGAUGGGGACUCGGCUAGAAGCAGGCCUACAGCUGAAACGGACAGCGAGAUAGCUACGAUUCAGUUAGGCGAGGAGUAA